AUGCACUUCCCCAACACCGCCGCCUGCAUCAGCAGCCUCCUCAUGGUCACCGCGUCCGCCAGCACGCCCGCCUCCUUUGAGGUCCCCGGCACGGGCUUUGGUACCGCCGCUGUGCCUGGCGCGCCCGAGGUCGACACCACCACCACCGUCUUCGAAACGUCCACCUUCUACGUCACCUCCGCCGUCACCGUGCCCACGCCCCUGGCCAGCACAUCCAGCGCCGUGGAGAUCAUCAGUGUGCCCGCUAACAGCAGCGCCGUCACAGCCAGCUCGUGCUCCGAGGCCGUGCCUCCCGCUGAGGUGACGCCCACGCAGUCGCUCUACGUGAUCGGCAGUCAGACCUUUGUCCCUGUGACGCUCUGGGAGAACAGCACGACCCGCGUCAUCUACCCGCAGAACAGCACGGCGAUCGCCAUCCCGACCGGCUAUCCUGCCAACGGCACGAGCACGGUCGUCGUCACCACGUCUGUCUCCAAGACCGUAGCUUCCUCCACUUCCAAUGUCUCCGCGACUGCGGAGCCGUCUGCCACCGUCAGCGAGGUUCCCGUCAACGGCGCUGGCAACGUCGCUGCCGAUGCUGUGUUGGGACUGGGGCUUGUCGCUGCAAUUAGUAAGGUCAAUCUUGAGAUCCUACGCACUGUUGCUACGUCACACGUCCACCUCAUUAAUGGGGCGGAGCACGACGAUCCUUGGAGUCAGCUUACGACGCUCCGAAAGCAUUUCAAGGUCACAGACCAGCAGCGCAGGCUAGAGCUUGCUGCCAAGUACAGCGAUAUUCAGAAGAAGCCAAAGAACCAGAGCACCCAGGCCUGGCUGGACGAAUACUCGCAGAUCACAUCUCAAUGUGCUCAGGAGAGCAUGCCAGAGAUGACAGAGACCCGAGCACAGUGGCGAUUCAUCCAUGCUGUACGGGACUUAGGAGAUGAGGCAUGGGCUUAA